ACUCGGCAGUGUUGUCUCAGCUCUCGGAGAGGUAACAUACUGGACUGGUUGAAGCUCGGGACUUCAAUGACAUACUUUUGUGAUAGUUGAUCCAGCCUAGGACAACCUAAGAAUUACAUGUUGCUUUUAUUAUGAAGAUAAAAUAGAUUUGUGAAAUGUGGAAUAAAACAUAUUGUGAUUUAGAGUUAUUUAUGUGCAGUGUGCACAAUGCAGUAUUUUAAGAUGGGACUGUGAUAGUGGAUGUGUGAUGUUCGUUAAACUCAACAGCCACAUGUGUUUACGUAAGUCAAUAAACACGUGUGUACGUAAAGGUCAACAGCCACAUGUGAACGUAAAGGUCAACAAUCCCAUUAGGUGUACAUACAGGUCAUAAAUCUGUCCAAGUCGUAAACAUGGCGGUCUUCAGUGGUCACAAUACUCGAGUAGUCGCCCUCUUGAGCUUCAUCAGCGCCCUCCUGUACUACCAAACAGGUAGUAAGGCUCCCCCAGGGCUACCAAUAGAGGUUCAGGUUAAUGAUGGUGGAAGCCUCGUGCAUUUGAAUCUCUCAUUUAGUGACCUACAGCACUAUGUCAAGAUGAAGGAGGUGGAGACAAGACACAAGAGUGGUGAGGCGUCCUCCACCCAACAACCACAACAUCUUCCUGCCUUUGUGUUGGACAAUAAGAAGGUGUUGUCCAAGACCGUGAAGGCAGGUAAAAUGGACCCUUGGCAAGUGCCAGGACUGGAGCCCUCUGGCGGUGCUUUCCUGAGGCAACUAAACUUCUCUGGAUUCAACAAAGAGGAUCGCGAGUUUCUGGAAGACCGUAGGAAGGUGCUGAUGAGCCGUGGGGAAACUAUGAGUGAAGUGUGUCGGUCCAGAAGGCGGCCCACUGAAUCUAGCAUACGCUUAGUUUGGGACACCAACCACAUACCCAACGUCAUCUGGUGCCCCCUGUAUAAGGUCGCCUCGACAUCGUGGAUGAUAAACUUUUUGCGUCUGGCUCACUUCAAUGACGACAAUCCGGAAAUUCUCAAUAUGCCUCCGAAGAAGAGAGAGAAGAAUAAAUUUUCCGUUAAGUUUGGCGCCAGGCAGGACAAGGUAUAUGACUUAUACCCGCCACCUGAAGACCCGCGGGAGAGGAUCCACGUCUUCAAGAACGGCCUCCGUGUACUGAUAGUGAGACAUCCUUACUCCAGGAUUAUUUCUGCUUAUCGAGAUAAGAUGCUGAAGAUGAACCCACGGCCGGUCGAGCAUAAGUUCCGGGAGCUGCAGCUGAAGAUCAUUGACAAAUACAGGAAGAAGAACAGCAAUGAGAAAUCCCCCUUUCCCACUUUCCCGGAGUUCAUUCAGUAUAUCAUUGAUCACACCAAGGACCUCCACACUAGAGAAGAGUGGAUUAACAAUGUGGUAUGUUGGACACCAUACUGGGCCCAGUGUGACGUUUGCUCCGUAGACUACAACCUCAUCCUCAAGUUGGAGACAAUGCAGAAGGACGAGAAGUUCCUCAUCACACUCACCAACAUGACUGAGCUUAAGCAACUGAAGACCCGAGAGUGGCGUCACCUUCAAGAUGGUACACCUUCAGAUACUCUCGUUACCAAAUACUUCAAGCAGCUCACUGUUAGCCAGAUAAAACAACUGCGCGAUCUUUACCGCCUAGACUUCAAGCUCUUUGACUACCACCAAGUUACUGACCUGCUGAAAAAUACGCAGGAUUAGAUGACGGCCUUUAACCCAUCAUCAUCAGCUGAGAAUUCCCCAUCCCCCCAUGUGCGCAAAACUAAACACAGGUAACAGGAAUCUUCCACACACAAUAGUUACCAUCCCCACAACAACUUCUACCAAUGACCACCACCGUCCUUACAGCUGACUUCUUAAAUGAUGGCCACCAUAUGUACAAUUAAUUUCCACACCCAAUAGUUAACUUCCAUACCCCACUGCUAACUUCUACGGAUGAUGGCUAUACUUUAAAGAUUAAAAGUUUAUGUUAGACCUAUUAAUGUGUCGCAGUUAGUAAUCUUAGAACCCAAUGCUGUAAGAUAAUCACUGCUAACACACGCAAGUGUGGAAACUGGCAACAUGUUUAACUUUAAUGAUGAUGCUAUGACUGGUAUCUUAUGGUUUAUGGUUGACUUAGAAAUUCUUUACCCAAAUGUUGCAUCGGUUUUACGAUGUCAGUAUUGUUCACGGAAGGCUAAAUAAUUAACAUUAAACUGUAUUAGAAGAAGAUUUUCCUUUUGCAAGAAAAUGUAUACUGCAUUUUCUUAGCAGUAUUUGCGGUUUGUUUGUCUUUGUAAAGCAGGUUCUGUUAUUCAUAUUCUCAAAUGAGUUUUUUUCCUUGUGUGUCUGUGGAGGUCUGUUGUUAUAAUCAGUGAGUUUUGGCUGUGCUGUACAAAAGUUUUUUAUGAGUUUCAUUCAUAUGAUAAUGUUAAUUUUAAAGAGGUGUGAUCAUUCCUGUGUUGCCUCGAGACAGUGCUGAUACAGCUAAUAUUGAUUGACAUCAACAAAGACAUGAUACAUAGAGUGACUUAACAUUAUUCUACAGUUUCCCAUCUGGUGCAGCGGCCACGUGGAUACACUAUAUAUGAAUGGGUACUAAGUUUUCCCACUGUACUGUAUAAUUUAUUAUUCAAUUAAAUUGUUUUUUACU